AUGUCUAUAAUACACUUUUUUGGAAAAAGACCACAUGCAUGUUUAAAUUUCUUUUUUUUAAUGCAGCAAUAUCGUUUUAAUAUUCAACGUUUAUUUACAAAAGAUGCGUUGGAGAGAAGAAUUUUCUCUGGAAUUCAGCCUACAGGUGUUCCUCAUAUAGGAAAUUAUCUAGGUGCAUUAAAACAAUGGGUUGAUAUUCAGAAUAGUGCAGAAUCGUCCACUAUAUUAUUAUUUUGUAUAGCAGAUUUGCAUGCAAUUACUAUGUUAAAAAAAUCAGUUGUAUUAAAAAAAUAUAAAAGAGAAAUGUUUGCUUCUUUAGAAGCAAUAGGAAUUGAUAUGAAAAGAUCUAUUGUGUAUGAACAAUCAUCAGUUUCUUGUCAUUCUGAAUUGGCUUGGAUACUUAACUGUGUACUUCCUGUUUCACAUCUUCAGCGUAUAACUCAGUGGAAAACAAAGUCUUUGCUUAAAAAUAGAAAUUCUGUAUUAAAUCUAGGACUUUUUGCUUAUCCAGUUCUUCAAGCCGCAGAUAUUCUUUUAUACAGGACAACAGAGGUGCCAGUAGGCGAAGACCAAAUUCAACAUUUAGAACUUGCUUGUACGAUAAGUCGGCUUUUUAAUAAUGCUUUUUCAAAAAAUAUAUUUAUCCCUCCAAAGGUUACUUUAACACCUUCAAAAAGAAUUAUGUCUUUGAGAAAUCCUUAUAAAAAAAUGUCUAAGUCAGAUCCAGAUUUAAAUUCGAGAAUCUUAAUAACAGAUCCCUUGGAUGUCAUUGAAUCCAAGAUUUCUCAAGCUACAACAGAUUCGUAUUAUGGAAUUACAUACGAUCCAGAUAAACGUCCAGGAAUUGCUAAUCUUCUUCAAAUUAUAGCUUCUUUAAGUCAUCCAAGCUCAGAUCCUAUUGAAAUUGCAAAGGAUAAUGCAAACAUUAGUCAUAAGGCGUUUAAAAAUUUAGUCGUGAGUUCCAUUAAUACAUUUUUUUCUCCAAUACGUGAACAUUAUCAAUCUAUCAUGGCUCGAGACAUUUUUUCAUAUAUUGAACAAAAUAAAAUAGGAGCACAAAAGGCACAGAAGUUAGCACUACAUACUAUGGAUCAAGUAAAAAUAUGUACAGGUCUUUCAUAA